AUGGAACCAGCAAAAAUCGACUGGAACAGAAUAGACUCUCGCUUCAUUGUGGACUACGCUUACGAACACAUCAGCGCUCCUAAAUGGGUUGAUUUCUUGGCCCUUGAUCAACAACCCAUUGACGAUGAUGCCUGGUUCUGCACUCCCGAUUGUAAUCAUCCCAGGACUGCGCAGGAUUUUCUUCAGGCCUCGUCUCUUUCCAAGGCUCCACGACGCUCUGUCACCGGCGGAGGAAGUCGAAGCUCCCCGUUUCGUGAAUUGAAUCAAGGGGGCAUGUUUUGCUAUAGAGACGCUAAACUGAAGAGAAGAGGGCAAACCCAAAUUCAAUCAAAGAUCGAUGAUAGUGAAAACCUGAACCCGAAUUUGUCGAUUCCUCCCACGAAUCAGCAAGCUAAGUCUUCGAAAGCGGCGAUCGAGUCGAGCAGUGAAAGAAAGAAACCGAUGGUGAGGGAUGACAUUUCCCAGUCCCCAAGUGAUGAGAUGCAACGGCUGAAGAGUACUCUGUCGACUAGGAACUUGUUUGCUAGUAGGGAUAUACUGAGUCAUAUAAGCGAGUUUUGCAACGAGCUGAAGAAAUUGGCGACCAGGGCAAGGGAGAGAGAAACAGAUAAAAAAAUGAGUGAGGAGAAGAUUCAAGCCCAAGAGGCUGUGGUGGUGGAGAAAGAGAGGAAGCCAUUGCUUGAAUUGGGUCAAGAAAAAAGUGGUGUGAUUAAAAAGAAAAGUUGCAGAAGCAGAGAACAGGAGGCAGAUGCAGAGAACAUGGCCUCUCCUCUGUCUAUAGAGAAUGUAAAGGACAAAGACAAAGAAGGGUUGCUCCGAAUACGAACCAGUCCAUCUUCUCCACAGUGCUUUUCAGCCCCAACCAGAACCACUACUACCCCUUCUAAGGCUCCCAGGUCCAGACUGAUGGAGAAUGGGAUCCUUCAAGAAGUGAAGCAAAACAAGGAUAUGAAAACAGACAAACCAGGAAGAGUGGUCUCUUCUACUUCUAUCGUUACUAAUGUUAAUGUUACGGAUGGAAGACAAGCAAGAGCUUUGGAUGUAUUUUGGUUCCUCAAGCCUUGCACACUGUCUGAAUAAAC